UUUAAAACUUAAUUUUACACGAAAUAUUUAAUUUAUAUUAUCUUUGUAAGGUAAACUUUGCUGGUAUUAAGAAGUCAAGGAUAGAAUAUGUUCUAUUUACAGCUGUUGCCUGUUGAUGAAAACUUGUCGUAAGCCAGUAGCAGGUUGGUAGCAGCCAGCAGGCAAGGAAUUUAGAGGUAGCAGGCAAUAUGAUAUAACAAUGUCAUCAGUACACUGUGUGGUGGUGUGGGAAUGGCAGCACGAGGGCCAGUGGCUACCGCACUCCCCAGGUGUGACUCGGACACUGGAGAGGGCCCAUGCCAAGAAACUUACCAGAGUGGUGCUCUCCGAUGCAGAUCCUGCUCUUAAAGGACACUAUGUAAACCUACGCACUCUUACACAGAGCUCUGAUACCCCAGGAGUAGAGGAGUGUGCAGUGCGGAGAGCCUGUUAUAGCGUACAGUCUGCAGGUGCUCGAGGGAUACGUUGGGAGUGGGCCCGUCUAGCUGAGCCCCCUGCUCGAGCCAACCUUAACUAUGAACCCCUGCCAAUGGAGGUCCAGUGUCGUCUAGAGGAGGCGUACUGUGCUGGCGUGGACGUCGUGUCGUGGGGCGGGUGGUCGCUGUCGCUAGCGCGCAUGACGGCGGCGGCUGGCAGCGUGCGCCUGCUUCGCCGCGCACCGCAUCCCCCCUACCCGCUCACGCGCUCCGCCCCCGCGCCCCCCGCCCCGCCGGACCGAACGCCUGUUGACGUUCGGCGCACGCGCAUCCCGCAACAGCAUACGGGUAGCAGCGUACAAUCUCUACAGUCAGUGCAGUCAGUACAAUCAGUACAGUCAGUACAGUCAGUGACGUCAGUGCAGUCCGCGCCGAGUGGGCGGGGCCGGCCGGAGACGCGUGGGACGGAGGGCGCACGCAGUGCGUCGCCGCGCGAACGCAAACAUAAUCUGGCGAGGCAGCUGCUCCAUAACUUGAAUAUAUUUAGUACGGCGAACAAGUGCGCGGGCGGCGGUGGCGGGGCGGGCGACAGCGGGGAGGGCGGGGAGCGGGGGCGGCGGCACAGCGUCGACACAGUGUCCACAUACCUCAGCCAUGAGAGUAAGGAUAGCCAGGGUCAAGCGGCGGCCGUGGGGUCGCUGUUAAACUGCAGCGGCGGCAGCGACGACGUGUUUGAUGCACCCGCGCCAGUCACAGGCCAUCAAGUCAACGACUCCGCGGGCGAGUGGUCGGAGCGCGACUCCGCGUGCGUGUGGCGGUGGGUGGAGGGCGUGGAGGGGCGUCCCCCGGCCCCGCCCCCCGCUCCCGCCCCGCCCGCCGCGCAAUACGACGCCCCCGCCCCUAUUCAGUACGGCGAGCAGCCAGCUGGUUCGAUGGCGUGGCGGCUACAGCCAGCCGCGUUGCCGGGACACCCGCCCCACACUGCUUCUAUACUCGUCACGUAUAAUUUCCAGUCAGGUCGUCAAGGUGCGGGUCACCCGGUGCCGGGAGCGCCGUACUACGCCGUAGGGUUCCCGCGGCAUUCGCUGCUGCCUGACACGCCCCUCGGCCGCCGCGUGCUCGCCGCGCUGCGUUUGGCCUGGGAGCGCCGCGUGCUCUUUACGGUAAGCGCGUCUGUGACGACCGGGCGCGAGCACGUGAUUUCGUGGCGCGUGCCCCCGCCCCCCUCCGCCGCCGCCGCCAGCCCCGCCGCGCUGCAAGCCACGCUCGCCGACCUGACCCAGCUGCUAAGAGCCGCGUGACGUCACCGCUGCGUGCAGCAUGUGAUCGCUGCGUGUUAAUCACGUGAUCGCUGCGGGCUCGUCACGUGAUCGCUGCGGGCUCGUCUUGACCAGUGUUUAGGCAAGGAUUUCAUUGAUCUUUAUUACUAUUCUUUGGCCAGAUUCAAUGAAUACGAUGACGCUUAUCGAGAAAGGUAAUUUGAUUAUAUUUUUUCGUCUAAAGCCAAGAUCAUUAUGGCUUUAGUAAGUUGGUCCGUACAUAUACUAACCAAUAUUAUGUUUCGAAUCUUGCCAGCCUUUUCCUUACUAGUGAUCGUAUUUUUUUACCCUUCUUUGAUCUCACUCGUUUCUCUCUUUUUUAAUCUUCAAAUCAACUUUAGUUAAUUAUAAUCUAAUUUUGAUAUUGUCUUCCGAACUUAGUAUAAGUAUAACAUGACAUUCCUUUAUAUACAUUUUAUUAGGGAGUUAUAUCUGCUCUCUCGUGAUGUAUGUCUUCCACAUUCUUGGGUAUAGUACUAAAGUUUUGUAUAGUGUCUCUUUCAUUCAUAUUAAAUGAUGCUACGCGAGAAAGAGAUAUAAUCUUUUUGAGGCUAACUAAUUAGCUUAAAUAAUUCCAAAUAAGCUUU